CCUGUGGACUGGGUGUGAGCUUCUGUUGUUACUCUCGAGCUGCAAAUCGGCUGCUCCUUCAUGUGGCCCAGCCUGGGCAAAGCUUCAUGGCUCGCUUCUAUGGAAAUAUCGUCGGCUGCUCUGACACUGGAAGAGUAACCGAGGUGAAAAAAUCAAAGAGGUCUUUGUGAAUGAUCAGCCUUUUUUACGGGACAAAUCAAUGGAGGACAAGAAUUGGGAUCGGAAGAAAACAAACAAAUUUCAUUGGAAAAAGCAGGAGAAGGAACUAGCCAGGAAAGAGGAAAGGGAUGGAUACAGUCUACAAAAUCGUUAUCCGAAAAAGUCUUAAAUCUAUCGUCCAAGGAAUUAACAUCUGGACAGAUCCUAUUGCUAAGCAAGGGACUCUCUUUUUCCCCGGAUAGGGACUUUGAUAUUCUAGAAACAGUAAUUGAUGUUAAUCACCUUGUACGGAGGAUAGUAUUUAAGAAAUACUUUUUUCCAGGUGGCACGGGAGGAGUCCUUGGUAGGCAAGGAUGCUAAUGACAUAGUUGAUGCAGUAAACCCUGUGGAUGUACCGUAAGCAUAUUUAAAAAUAAGAGUAAUUUUUACCCUGUACAACUUAGAGGCCCUCUAGUGGAGCAAUUCCAAAGGAGGGUGGAGGCGGACUUAUGGGCUUUGAAAGAAAAAGUAACAACUGGGAAAAAUAAGUUUGAUAACCUGAGUAGUAAAGAGAAACAGGAAUUAUGGAAUUUAAAGAAAGAUAAAAGUCUGGUUAUUAAGAAUGCAGAUAAGGGAGGUAUGGUUGUAGUACAGGAUGCAGUAACAUACAAGGAGGAAGCUUUGAGGCAGCUUUAUGAUAAGGAAUCCUAUGUAGUAUUGAGGAGUGAUCCAACAAAAGCCUUUAUGGUGGACCUCAUGGAUGGAGCUUUGGAGGCUGGUUUGAUUGAUACGGUGGUGAGAGACUAUUUAGUCCCAAAAAGGGUUACAAUACCUACCUUUUACCACCUUCCAAAGGUCCAUAAAGAGGAGAGACCACCACGGGGGAGACCAAUAAUUUCGGGGAUAGGGUCGCUUAAUGAGCACUUAUCCAAUGGGUGGAUGCUCAUUUGCAGUCUCUUGUCAAGCGCUUAGGUAGCUAUACUAGAGAUACUACACAUGUACUAAUAAGUUGGACCAAUUCAGAUGGGAGGAGGGAUAUGGUUGGGGGACAUUAGAUUUUGCCUCGCUAUAUUCCUCGAUCCCACAUGAAUAUGAUAUAAAGGCAAUAAAUUAUCACCUGGAUAGGUAUAGUGGUUAUUCAGUUGAACUCAAGGGGUUCCUGUUGGCAUCCAUUAGAUUCCUGUUGGAGCACAAUUAUUUUACAUUUGAUUCGAUAUAUUAUCUGCAGAGAUGUGGGACAGAAAUGGGGGCGAAAUUUGCUCCCUCCUACGCCAACCUAUAUAUGGGCUGGUGGGAGGAGACCCACAUCUCUGCAGAUAUGAGGAAAUCUUUGAGAUUAUACACACGUUAUAUAGACGAUCUACUGUGUGUUUGGAAAGGGGAUGAAAUGAGUUUCAUAACCUUUGUACAGAAGCUAAACCAGAACGAAUUAAAUUUAAAGUUUACAAGUGAAUAUAGGUCAAAAACAAUUGAAUUUCUGGAUGUGAAAUUAAUGGUGGUAGAUAAGGAAAUACAAACCACUAUUUUUAGAAAGUCAUGUAGUGGGAACACACUUCUGCAUGCCACCUCCUGCCACCCUAAAAAUUUGGUGGAUGGGAUACCUGUGGGCCAGUUCCUCAGGCUCCGGAGGAACUGCUCCACCAAUAUGAAAUUCCAGGAACAAGCAGAGGAGAUGAAGGAGAGAUUUCUAGAUCGAGGGUAUGGACGAAAAAUUGUGGAUAGGGCCUAUCAGAGAGCAAGACAAACAGAAAGGAGGAGUCUAUUAAGUGUGAAUCCAAUGGGUGAGAAAAAGAAAAAAGUAAAACAAGGGCUAUUAAAAAAGGUCCCAUUUGUAACUAGGUAUAGUAAACAGUUCUAUAUGGUAUUAGAUAUAGUUAAGAAAUAUAUCCCGAUCCUAUAUGCAGAUGAUGAUUUCCAUAAAAUACUAAAAGGAGGAGUUAACAGUAUACCAAGGCGGUCUCAUACAUUGAGGGACCAUUUAUCACCAAGUAUGUACAGGGAAACGAAUAGGGGAGAUCAAAGAAAUAAGGGCUUUUUGAAGGUAGAAGGUAGCCAUAAAUGUGGUAGUCGUAGAUGUAUAACUUGUCAACAUAUGAAAAUUUCAAAAGAAUUUAAGUCUACGGUGACAAACACUAGCUUUAAAAUAAGAGAUUAUAUUAAUUGCAAUACAUCCACAGUGGUUUACUUGAUAACAUGUCUGAAAUGUCAGAAACAAUAUGUGGGCUGCACAAGUAGAACGCUAAAGCGAAUACGGGAACAUCUGAGUCAAAUAAAAAAUCCAAAAACAGUUGAAAAGAGUAAUAUAACGAGACAUUUUUCAAAAUGUAAUGGAAGUGAUGUAGCAUAUUUUUCUGUACAGGGAAUAGAAAAAGUAAGAUUGGGUAGUAGAGGAGGAAAUUUGGCAGGGCUGUUAGCAAAAAGAGAACUGUUUUGGAUUUUUUAUUUGCAUACUCGGUUACAACUUGGUUUGAACUAUGAGUUUGAUGUAACAUGUUUUACGUAAAUUAUAAUGUAAUUGGUUAUGUUUAGAACGAGGUAGAUAUAUAGAGAUGUAUGGGGCAGAUAAGAGAAUGUGACAUAUACAAACAAUAAUAUUAGGAGAGAGAACCUAAUGUAAUGGGGCAGUGAUUGCCAUUUAAAUGCUUGUUUAAAUGUGGGUAUCCUAAUAUAAAAUAGUUCUGAGAUGUAACAGAGUAUAGGCAGAGAAACAAUGCUAAUAUGACCAAUUUGAUAAGAUAUGUAUGUUGCUUUAAGAAAAGAAACGUGAGGUGGCAAAACGUGAUUGGUUUUAACGUUUGGGGAGGGAUUU